UCCUUUCUCGAAAAAAAAAUGGCAGCUGUUGACAUCGACGUGCCGGUGGAUGCCGAGGCUCAGCUUUACAAUGCGGGCGAACUGGAACGUCAGGCCGAAGGUUUCAAAGAGCAGGGAAAUGAGUUCUACGGCAAGAAAGACUACUCGGAGGCCUUCAAUUACUACACCAAGGCCAUUGAUGCAUGUCCCAAUGCCAGCUAUUAUGGCAACAGGGCAGCCACCCUCAUGAUGCUGUGUCGCUUCCGGGAAGCCCUGGAAGAUUCCCAGCAGGCCGUGCGACUGGACGACUGCUUCAUGAAGGGUCAUUUACGCGAGGGCAAGUGCCACCUGUCUCUGGGGAACGCCAUGGCCGCCGCUUGCUGCUUUCAGAGGGUUCUGGAUUUGGAGCCUAGCAACAGAGAGGCGCAGCAAGAGAACAAGAAUGCAGAAACUCUUCUGGAGUUUGAGCGACUAGCGGAUUUUGGCUUUGAAAAGCGAGACUUCAGAAAGGUGGUGUAUUGUAUGGACCGGGCCUUGGCUCUGGCAUCUGCCUGCCACCGCUUCAAAAUCCUCAAGGCCGAGUGUCUUGCUCUCCUUGGACGCUAUCCCGAAGCUCAGUCUGUUGCCAGUGAUAUCUUGAGGAUGGAUUCCACAAACGCAGACGCGCUUUACGUGCGAGGCUUGUGUCUUUACUACGAAGACUGCAUCGAUAAGGCCGUGCAGUUCUUCAUGCAGGCUCUGCGCAUGGCACCGGACCACGAAAAGGCCCGGCUUGCCUGCAGGAAUGCCAAAGCCUUAAAAGCCAAGAAAGAGGAAGGAAAUCUGACAUUUAAGAACAACAGCUACGAAGCCGCCUAUCAGCUGUAUAGCGAAGCCCUCGGGAUUGACCCCAACAACAUCAAGACCAACGCCAAACUCUACUGCAACAGAGCCGCAGCAGGAGCCAAGAUGAAUAAACCCAAUCAGGCUAUUGACGACUGCACCAGUGCCAUCAAGCUCGACGACACCUACAUCAAGGCCUACUUGAGAAGAGCGCAGUGUUUCAUGGAAACCGAGCAGUAUGAAGAGGCUGUCCGGGACUACGAGAAAGUGUACCAGACUGAAAAAACGUCAGACCACAAACAUCUGCUGAAGACGGCCAAGUUGGAGCUGAAAAAGAGCAAGAGGAAAGAUUACUACAAGGUGCUGGGAGUCGGCAAGAACGCCUCGGACGACGAGAUCAAAAAAGCCUACCGCAAACGGGCCCUGAUGCACCACCCAGACCGCCACAGUGCGGCCACCCCCGAGGUGCAAAAGGAAGAGGAGAAGAAAUUCAAGGAAGUAGGCGAGGCCUUCACCGUUCUGUCUGACCCCAAAAAGAAGAUUCGCUACGACAACGGGCACGACCUCGGUGACGAUGGCAACUUCGACGGCGGAGAUGUCGAUGCAAACAACAUCUUCAGAGCUUUCUUCGGUGGCCAUGGUGGAGGAUUUACUUUUGAUUCCAGCGCAGAGUCUGGACCUGGGAAUCUGUUCUUCCAGUUUGGCUAAAGAGACGAAGGCAUUCAGGAUUUCAAAUGCAGCUCUUGAGUGUACAGCAUCAAGAUGGAGCCACAGUCACCUGAAACCUCAACUGCUGUUCUCAAGACUUUUGGAUAAAAUCCCAAAUUGAUAUCUAAAACAAAACAAAAAAAAAACAACAAUGCAGUUCAGGAAGUGAAACGAGCACCAUCGGAACAUGCUGCUAUUGCCAAAAUGAAAACAACUGAUUCCUAUGUUGUGUUCUUGGUAAGGUGGAAAUGGAAGCAUCAUAUUUGAUUAGUUUUAGAUAUUAAGUGGUUAUAUUUGUUGUAGAUUUUUUAUUUUUUUUUUGGGGGGGGGGGGGGGAGAUUCUCACAGAAUGAGUUAUCAAUACAAGACCUCAGGACAUCCUAACAAAAGGUCUCGUGCAAGUCUGUCCAGGCUUCUUCGUUCCUCUCAUUCUCUAUCAUGCUGCAAUGUAUAUUUCACAUGAAUGUAAAGUCCAUAAAUGUUUCUUCCCCCCUC